UAUAAAAAGCAAUGGAAUGGCCAAAACGAUUGUAAAAUUGCCUUCAGUUGGCGCAAUAUGUGGAAGGUAGCUCAGGUUUUAUUUGGACUUUUAUGUCUUGGCUAUAUGGUGCAGUCCCUGCCACCCGAUGCGGGUCGUUCUAGUUCAGUGACCACGGUCUCUAUUGUGAAAGGACAUGGCUUUGAUAUCGAGGAGCAUGAGGUGCAAACUUCCGAUGGUUAUAUUUUAACUAUGCAUCGCAUACCAAAUCACAAGGAUCAUGAGAAACAACUCAAUCGACCGGUGGCCUUUUUAAUGCACGGCCUUUUGUGCUCGUCUUCGGAUUGGGUCUUGGGUGGCCCAGAAAAUGGUCUAGCUUUUCUACUCUCCGCCCAGGGUUAUGAUGUAUGGAUGGGCAAUGCACGUGGCAAUACUUACUCCAAGAGACAUGCAACUAAAUCGGUUUAUUUGCAACCUUUCUGGAACUUUGAGUGGCAUGAGAUUGGGAUCUAUGAUUUGCCAGCCAUGAUGGACUAUGUGUUGUAUGUGACGGGACAGGAAACUCUUUCGUAUGUCGGUCAUUCUCAGGGUACUACAUCGUUCUUUGUCCUGAGCACUAUGAUUCCACGAUUCAAGAGUCGCAUAAGUUCCGCUCAUCUUUUGGCUCCAGUUGUUUGGAUGGAUCACAUGGAGAGCCCUUUAGCCAAAGUUGGUGGUCCCCUGUUGGGUCAACCUAAUGCGUUUGUCGAACUUUUUGGCAGUGCCGAAUUUUUGCCCAGCUCCAAGGCCAUGGAAUUGCUGGGUUCUUCCUUGUGCAAUGAUGCAGCUUUCUCUCAAAUCAUUUGCACCAAUUUCCUAUUUCUUUUGGGUGGAUGGGAUUCCCCAUAUUUGAAUGAGACAAUGAUUCCAGACAUUAUGUCCACCACACCAGCGGGUUGUUCUAUCAAUCAAAUAUUCCAUUACCUUCAAGAAUAUAAUUCGGGCUAUUAUCGUCAAUUUGAUUAUGGAACGACACGCAAUAAGAAAGAAUACGGCAGCAAGACUCCAACAGAAUAUGACAUUGAAAGCGUUGAUGUGCCAAUCUAUCUCUACUAUAGUGACAAUGAUUAUUUCGCUAGUAUUAUUGAUGUGGAUCGUCUAAGAUAUACUCUGAAUCCAAACACUUUAAAAAAGGCUUACCGUCUGCCAGAAACCAAGUGGAAUCAUUUGGAUUUCCUAUGGGGUAUAAAUAUCAGGGAAAUACUAUACGAUCAGGUCAUCGAUGAUAUUAAAAAUGCGUAAUACACUGACUAAUAAAACAACAAAAAUUAA